AUGACAUUGCAAUAUCAUCUACCACAACGGAUCAUCAACUACAACAGUAUUCUCCUCAACCACAACACCAGCAACUUCGACUACAACAACAAAUGCCCCCUCAACCACAACAGCAGUCCCUUCAACUACGACAUUGGCUCAAUUUUCUUCAACAACAGUUGCCCCCUCAACUACGAUACCAGCAACAUCAUCUACAACAGUUGCCCCCUCAACUACAAUACCAGCAACAUCAACUUCAACACUUGCGUCCUCAACCACAACUCCAACAACAUCAACAGUUGCCCCCUCAACCACAAUAUCAGCAACAUCAACUACAACCGUUGUCCCAUCAACAACACCUGCAACUACAACUACAACAGUGCCCCAUCAACCACAAUCCCAGCAAUAUCAUCUAUUACAACGUAUGCUCCAUUGACCACAAUACAAGCAACAUCAACUACAACAGCAUUCCCCUCAACGACAACACCAGCAACAUCUACAACAGUUGCAUCCUCAACUACAACACCAACAACAUCAACAGUAUUCCCCUCAACCACAACUACAGCAACAUCAACAACAGUUGCCCCCUCAACCACAAUCCCAGCAAUAUCAUCUACCACAACGGAUGCUCCAUUGACCACAAUACCAGCAACAUCAACUACAACAGUAUUCUCCUCAACCACAACACCAGCAAAAUCUACAACAGUUGCAUCCUCAACUACAACAUCAACAGUUGCCCCCUCAACCACAACUACAGCAACAUCUACAACAGUUGCCCCCUCAACCACAACAGCAGUCCCUUUAACUAUGACAUUGGCUCAAUUUUCUUCAACAGUUGCCCCCUCAACUACAAUCUCAGCAAUAUCAUCUACCACAACGGAUGCUCAAUUGACCACAAUACCAGCAACAUCAACUACAACAGUUGUCCCAUCAACAACACCAGCAACUUCAACUACAACAGUUGCACCCUCAACUUCAACACCAGCAACAUCAACCAACAUCAACUACAACCGUUGUCCCAUCAACUACAACCGUUGUCCCAUCAACAACACCUGCAACUACAACUACAACAGUUGCCCCAUCAACCACAAUCCCAGCAAUAUCAUCUACUACAACGUAUGCUCCAUUGACCACAAUACAAGCAACAUCAACUACAACAGCAGUCCCCUCAACGACAACACCAGAGGCAGGUGGUCAGCACGGCUCAAACUGUCCCGCCUUAACGUGGAGCAGAGAAAGUGUGGCCUCUUCCUGCAUGUACCCCAGCAGUGA